AUGGACCCGUGGUCAUGGAUAUGUGAGCUUCUAGAAUCUCCGGAGUUUGCCGAAUCUGAUUCACACGUAGUGUUUCAGCUCGGAGGAGACUUGACUCGUUCAAUCCAACUCAGGGCUGAACGAGUUUUUGGGUCUGAUCCAGAAUCUUUCUCUCUUACCUUCAAAGUGAUAGCAGAAGGUUUUAACCGCCUUAAAUCGUCGACAAUAUGGGUCUCCGACACGUGUUCCUUGUCGUCGGAGAAGCCGUUCCUCCCUCUAGUUCUUCAGCUUCUUCGAGAACUAAUCUCCCACUCCCCCAUCACACGUGAGAGCGCGUGCACAAAGUCCGAGCUACUGGAAAUCAAAGCGAGUCCGGUUAGCUGGGUCAUGGACUCUCACUCGCCCGAGUCCUUCUCCUCAGUCUUUAACAUGAUACUCCUCACGCGUCUCUUUUGGCUGUGUAUGUUCGACGCGCCUAGCGAAGUUGGCUCUUUCUUCUUUCAACACCUACUAGGUCCUCAGGUGAACACGCUUACGUGUCAACAGGCGCCUGUGUUACGAACGUUUCUCGUCUCAGUUGGUGUAGACGUCGAGCUGUGUAUCGUACGCGCCGCUUCUUACGCUUUAUCCAAAUGGAUGAUCUCCAACGAAGUGGGACUUGGGAAUCUCGGAUUGAAACAGCUCUGCAGCAGCACCUUGCCACAUCAUCCAUUGGGCUUUUCUUACGCAACAGAAGCCCAUGGGCUUUGGAUUUUGAAAGGCUAUUUCCCAAUCUUGUCAAUGAACGUCACCAAUCACAAUAGCUCUAACGACAUUCACAACAAGAUAAUCAAGUUUCCGAUUGUAGAACCUAAGGAAGCUGUCCUACGUUACGCUUUGUCGCACCAACAAGCUGAAGUAAUCAUUCAGUUCGGGUACUCCGUUAAAUUCCACGAGAAUUUCAUAAAGGUGAACGCACGUGUGGACAACAUACGUAUCCACGUGUCAAAGCUAGGGUUUCACAAUGGAGGAGGAGGCGUGGAGAAUAAGAUAGCAGAUUGUUACUCGGAGGAAAAUUACCUCCCAACGCGGGUACGGGUUUGGGUCGGGCCAGAAAUUGGAUCGAGCCACGUGUCCGGGCUAAGCCUAGGACGGUCAACAAAGAACGAGGAGAGAGAGAUUGAGGUAACGAGAGUGUUAAAGGGAAAUUUUGGGAAAGGGAAAGUGGCUCCGAGAGUGAAAGCAAGAGCAAGAAUGUCGACAAGGAAGAAGAUUAAAGAUUGGAGAAUCGAGCAGGAAAGUGAAGGAAACGCUGCGGUUUUCGAUGCGGUUUUGUACGAUAGAGAGACCGGCCAAGAAGUGACGACGGCGAAGCCAAGUCAUGAUGGUUUCAAGAAUGUGUUUACGAAGAGUGGAGGGAUUGUGUUUGGAAGGGAUGAGUACGGAGACGAAGUUGGGUGGAGAGUUGGGAGAGAGAUGGAAGGAAGUGUGUUAAAAUGGAGGAUGGGAGGGAAAAUUUGGCUCACUUAUUGGCCGAAUAAGUUAAACACUUUGUUUUAUGAGACAAGAUGCGUGGAGUGGUGUGAUGAAGUAGAUUUGCCUUUGCUUCCUACUUCUUAG